UCUUGGGAUUGGAAGCUAUCCCUUGUUCUCUGUAUACGUGACUGCAAUUUUUCUCAAGGUGUUAAACCGUCAAUGGUGGAUCUUGACGCAGGAAAUUUGUAAAAAAUUAGCAUUUCCUGCGCUGUUUUCAACCGAAGCCAUUUGUCGGUCUUCUUUCUCUUUUUAAAUUCUCAUGGUAUUCCGGAAUCUGCUAUUCCCUCUGUAGUGGCGAUCGGAGAUGACGAUACCGUGGUUGACCAAAACAGUAUCAAUAUAAUUUUUAACUGGUUUCUUUAAUAUUAUAUGUAUCUCAAUCUCGAGAUCAAUUACUCACAAUUGGUCUAAUAUAAACCAACGAGUUUACUUUUCACUUAUCACUUCAUUUCAAGUCUAAUUAUGGAUUUAGACAGAAGCACUAAAGCGUUUACCAAGAAGAAGAGUUCAUACUACUCAACCAUAAUCAUUAUAUCCUUUCUUCUGUUGUUCUCUCUUUUAUUUAUUCAAUCUCAAACCUCUCCUUUCUGGAAAGGGUUAGCACUUAAUGCCGUUAACCUUUCCAAAAAUACCAAUACUUUGAUCUCAAAGCUCCAAAAGUCUGUCACUUUCCUUCCCCUUAAAGAUCUGCGCUUUGCGAAAACUGCCACAGAAGGGAACUCCUGGUUUAUGAGCUCUUUGAACGACACUCGCGAGGAAAAUGAAGCUGAAUACCUCUAUUUCCCUUCAGAAAUGUCUAAAGGAAGGCUUUUAUGCAUCAAAGGAAAGGACACAACAGAUGGCACCAAGAAUUCAUAUGCCUUGGCAUUUCAAGAAGCUCUUCCAGCCUCAGCCAAGUUUAUUGAAGGCUUGACUUUUGUAUCAGACACAUAUUAUGAUUAUGUAAAUUUAUGGCAUGGAUUGUGUGCUAUGGCCCCAUUUGUUGGUUGGUCCAUAAAGAACGAGUGCUUGAAGCCAACAAGAUGGAUACUGUUCCACUGGGGAGAGCUCAGGUCUAAAAUGGGAUCUUGGCUGCAAAAUUUGAUGGAAGCUAAUUUUGGACAAGUUAAACUAGAAGGACUUGAAGAAGGAGACAAGCCUUAUUGUUUUGAAAAGGCGGUUGUAAUGAGACACAAUCAGGGAAGCAUGGGAAAGGAAAAGAAGCUUCAGGUUUUUGAUAUGUUGAGAUGUAAAGCAAGGAGAUUUUGUGGAAUUGAUUUAGCAGGUAAAGGAAAAGAAAGCAAAGAUAUAAUAAGGCUAACAUUGCUAAUGAGAAGAGGUUCGAGAUCGUUUAAGAAUGCUACUGCAGUUACAGAAAUAUUCGCUAGGGAAUGUGCAAAGGUGGAGGGCUGCAUACUUGAGGUGGCUCAGUCUGAGGAUCUAAGCUUUUGUGACCAGGUUAGAGUAAUGACUUACACAGACAUCGUUGUCUCACCGCACGGUGCCCAAUUGACGAACAUGCUUUUCAUGGAUAGGAACAGUAGUGUAAUGGAGUUCUUCCCUAAAGGAUGGUUAGAGCUCGCUGGUAUAGGCCAAUAUGCACAUCACUGGAUGGCAGACCAAACUGGAAUCAGACAUGAAGGCACAUGGUGGGAACCUUUAGGCAAAAAGGAAUGUCCCCUUCCUCAAAAUGAUCUACAGUGCUUCGACUUCUAUAAAAAUGGCAAGGUGGGUCACAACGAAACCCAUUUUACACUCUGGGCAAGAACUGUUAUCAACCAAGUUAAACAAAGAAAGGUAGAAAAUGCCAUCAAGAAGCCACAGCCAUAUUCAACGUCCUGCGCAUGCUAGUAUAUUUGUUCUAUUUACCAUUCUACAAAUCCGUAGUGCAUAAAUUGUAUUAGUAAAGCUUGAUUGCAUUGAAUAUUGCUGUGUUCGUACAUCAAAAACUAGAGAUCAAGCAUAGUAGUAAUCUCUUUUUUCUUUUUUAAAUAGGAAAGAUCUAGAUUUUAGGCAUAA